CAGUUUGGCGACAGCGUUAAAAAGAGCAGCUAUACUCCCAAUUUGUCGGCGGUUGGAAUAAGAGCCGAUGCAUGCUAAAUCUACUUGCUUUUAACUUUACCCUCAUGGUUCGACCAGUUUCUUCUCUCUCAAUUAAGAUUCUGUUUUUUCUCUUUCAGAAGCUCCCAUCACCAUCUUUGUUUCUCCUCCUUAAGUCCUCUUGCAUUGUUCGUGGCCAUAUUUUCCUCUACUGUCUUAUGAACCUUUGUUACUGUCAGCCUUGUUACAUGCACCUUUAUCCUAUUUUCCCCCUUCAAAAAAAAGCCCCCAAACCCUGCUAAUCAUAACCCUCCUUUCCCGAGCUUCAUCAAUGCUGCUUCUGCAAUCUGUGACAACAUGCUCCUCUAUUUCAUCUCUUCAACCAUAUCUGAGCGCCAUCUCCUCAUACGUUGUGUGUGGUUCGAAUUUGCCACUAUUUUCUUUGACCUCUGUCCCUGUCACCCUCGUCGCCUCCACCACGCAUCACAGCAUUUGUGUGAUUUUACUCGAACACAAAAGGGACAAAGGCGUGAAACACACCUUCGUGCGCAAAUCCUUGCUGCUGUUCCUUUCCGCCCAUCGUACCAGCUGCAUUGUGCUUUCCGUUGCCGGUGGCCAUGGGUCCAUCGUCGAUCAGCUUCUUUGUUUAUAUUACUAAAUCCUGGAAUUGUUGCCCCUGCCACAAAUUUAAGGCUUCCACCUCUGAAGCCAGAACCCGCUGAUUACAAUUAUGGCUUUGGAUAUGAAAAAGAAGGAGAAGAAACUCCAAUCUAAGGAGGCUGAAUUAAGAAGACGGGAACAGGUAUAUACCUAGAUGUUUGAUGGUUUUACUUAGUUUGGAGUUUCCAUGAUGGGUAACCAUAACCUGAUAACAUGGGAACUAGCGUGCAUCUUAUUUCAUUUGAUGUAUCAAAAAUAUAGGAACUGAGAAGAAAAGAAGAAACAGUUGCAUGAGCUCAAGGUAUACGUUUUCUUUAUGGCACCAUUUUUGGAAGACUUUAAUGUUUGCUAAUUUGGAUUAAAUUACUGGAAUAAGCAACUAUGAGGCAUCUUGUAUUUAAUGUUUUGGCUUGUGUUUGCUUGUUUUGUAAACUUAGUGAUGAAUUUUUUGGUAAUGGAUUAAAUUCCAUGUUUUAUCCUUUUUAAAAACUCCAUGUUUCUUUUGCUAUUCAAAUUUUGUGCUUCAUGUAUUAGAUUCUGUUUUGCAACCGGAAUUGUUAUUGAGGAGAAAAAUUGGCCACCUUUUUUUCUAUUAUCCGUCAUGAUAUUGCUAAUGAAAUUUCAAUCAUCUUCAAAGACUGCAAUACGUUGCAUUUACUACGUUGUUAGGUAUGUUACUCCUCUCUUUCUCUCCCUCUCUGCCAGAGUAUUUGAAGGUGUUUUAUGCAUAUUUAUUAUUAUUAUUAUUU